AAGAAAGGGUCCGGAAGCAAAGAUGCACGCGUCGUGAAGCAUGUGGGGCUGCAUCAAAGAUCAGGCGACGCAGGUCUUCCAACAUUCUCCUUGCUUUUCUCUUGAUACAUGGUGAACCAUGACUGCUCCGUCGAGGAGAAGAAAUCUCAGAAAAUCCAGUCUGUUCCUCCUAUUAUUUUCUAUCAAAAUUUGACGCCGAUGAGAUGAAGACUCGUCAGAAAUCAGAAUUAUGGCCGGGCGGAAGGUGGAGAUUAAUAUCAGGCUGCCGCUGCGGUGGAGGCGAGAAGUCGGUAUUUAUUUUGUCAUUCCGAUCCCUCUAUUUACAUUCCGGCUAUGAAUCAGAUCGGAGGGAAAUCUGAGAACCGGCCGAGUACCAUUAGCCAUUAGGCAAUUGACGCAAAACAGUUUAAUAAAAAAUGUUUUUAAGUAAUAAACGACAGGUCGUCAUGACGCACGGUUUAUUCUGAACAGAAAGAUGGGCGUCUGUCUAGGUGGCGACAGUUGAAUGGGUAGUAAUUCAUUUGAUAGAUUACUGUCUUGUAGAUAGACAGGAUGGGUUGAGUCAUGAGUGGACGGGGAGCUGCAUACUUUCGACUGCCCAGUCGUUUCCGGUUAUAGUUUACUCUCCUCCCAUAGAGACACCAGUAAUACAAUCCCCCUCCCCCUCUAUCUCAUCUCCCAUACGAACCAGAAGGAAGAGACUCUGAGACAAGGAGACUCGGAAACAUGACCCUAUUCUCGGUGACAGAGUAACAUUGCAAGUUGUGAAUGCAUAGAUGCGAAUGGCUGCCGCAUUCUGUAACCUAAACCCAGGGUCUGGUCUGAAGAAACUAAAUGAAUGCUUCCUGCAUCAGAGUUACAUGACAAGGUAUUAUCUGGACUCCGAACGGUCAUCAUAUUUCCUAUGCAAUGGUAGAAAACUUUUGCAUAGCACUUAUAGAAGGCAAUUAGAAGUCAGAAAAGGACACCAAUCUCAAUGGGUAUAUUUGGUGAGUAAAUCAGACUCCUCUGGCACUUGCAAUGAAGAGGAAAAAGAAGACGGUGUGUCUAGGGCAACCUUGAUAUGGAGGGCGGUUAAAUUACCAAUGUACUCUGUUGCUUUGGUUCCUCUCACUGUGGGUAGCGCAGCUGCUUAUUUUCAGACAGGCAUAUGCUCAGCUAGGCGUUUUUUUGUUCUCUUGGCUUCCUCUGUUCUUGUUAUCACAUGGCUCAAUUUAAGCAAUGAUGUUUAUGAUUUCGACACUGGAGCAGAUAAGAACAAAAAAGAAUCAGUUGUAAACCUAGUUGGCAUCCGUACAGGAACCCUAAUUGCUGCUUAUUCACUUCUUGCUCUUGGCUUCGUGGGGCUGACCUGGGCAUCUAUGGAGGCUGGAAGUAUACGUUCAAUAAUGUUACUAGCAUGCUCAAUUAUUUGUGGUUAUAUUUAUCAGAGCCCGCCAUUUCGAUUAAGCUACCAAGGAUUGGGAGAGCCCCUGUGCUUUGCAGCAUUUGGUCCAUUUGCUAGUACUGCUUUCUACCUAUUGCAAGGCAGCACAAGGAAGAUGAACCAUCUUCCCAUCAGUGGCACAAUUCUUUCUGCAUCAAUCCUAGUUGGCAUCACAACAACCCUAAUCCUUUUUUGUAGUCACUUCCAUCAGGUAGAAGGAGAUAAGGCAGUUGGAAAAAUGUCCCCUCUGGUUAGGCUUGGUACCAGAAGAGGUUCAAAGGCAGUAAAGGUGGCUGUCAUAGCACUUUAUGUCCUUGCGUUUGCUCUUGGUCUAAUCAAAGCUCUUCCUCUUACUUCCAUUCUUCUCUGUGCUUUUACAUUGCCCAUGGGAAAAGUGUUUGUUAAAUAUGUCGAAGAUAACCACAAGGACAACCAGAAGAUCUUCAUGGCCAAAUACUAUUGCGUGAGAUUUCAUGCUUUAUUCGGAGCUGCAUUGGCUGCUGGACUGGUGGUGGCUAGAAUGAUCGGUGAAAGAUAUGUUCCAAGGCUUAUACUCUUUUGAGUUUUUUCUUCAUCUUCCAUGUCUUUGGCUUUGAAAACACGAUGAUGGAGUAAAAGCUCGCAUUGUAGAUGAUGUGAUAUGAAUGAUUGUUAUCGGAUCAAGUCAGAUGUAUGCUCGCUCGAUCUGGAUUAAGCAACAAAUUCAGAGAACGAUCAAAACCUGUCCCCAACAAACGUGCUUCCUGCGUUGUUAUACUGUCUCUUGCUGUGAUUUUAGGGAAAGAAACUUUUUGUAAAAGAAUCUCUUAAGAUACCUAUAUUCUUGACUCUUGAGGCAAGUCUGUCACCAACAGACCAAAAUGUAUUUAUCCAAGUUUUGAGGAAUUGUAAUUUUAAA